AUGUAAAAUGGAAGAUUGUUAGAAUUUAAGAACUCAGAUUAAAUUUCAAUUAAUAUUGUAUCUUCAUUUUUGUUUAUAUUUUAUAGUAAUUAUUUUAAAGUAAUCAUCAUAAUUUAAUAAUAGGUUAAAGAUCUUUGGAAGAAACAAAAUGAUUUACUUGCCUAUGAUAAGAUAAUGAAUACUAAAUUUCAGAAAAGUAAAUACAUAUAUAUAUUAUGAUAGAUGAAGCAUUUUUGUUGUCAUCAAGCUUUAUAUUGAAUUCAAAUAAUAUCAUAAAUAAUAAUAAUAAAAGACUACUCUAAAUUAUAGGAGACCAAAUAGAACCAAAACAAUUAGUUGAAUUGUUACCAUCAUUUUAAAAAACAAUUUAUAAUAGUUUUGUCAAUCAAUAUUUAUAUUAAGGUCUUGAUAUAAAUUAACCUUUGACUCUAUAUAUUUAUAAAAAUGAAUAUUUGGUAGAAUGUAAUUUGUAUGUGUAUGUCACAAUUAGUAAAGAUGAUAUUAUUUNGUGCAAAGUAAUCAAUAAUAUUGGGUAGCCCCAACUCUUUUGUUGUUUUCAAAAUUAUUCAUGAUUACAUAAAAGAUAAAUAAUUAUCAAUAUAACAGUUGGUACUAUUUACAAAUUUCAAAUUUCAUAAUAUCAUAUAUUAUAGUGUUUUUGAUAAAUCAAUAUUGGUAAGAUUUAGUUUUGAUUUAUAUUUUGUUGAUAAGUAUCUAAAUUUCAAUUAGGUAAAAGAAACUAGGUGAAGAAUUAUUUUCGAAAAAUUCAUAAUAAAAUUUAUUCAAAUAUAGUAUUUUUAGAAAUCCUGAAUUGAUGAAGAAUUUUUCAUCAUACUCGCAUUUUUUUACAGCUACUUAAGAAUAGAAUAUCAUUAAGUACUAAAAAUAAGUUUUAUAAAAUGGUAAUAUUUCUGAUAGAUUAUCUAUAUUAUAAUAUGUUUUCAAAUAUAAAAAAAUACAACUCUAUUUAAAUUUAGUAAAUAUAGAUAAAGCAAAUUUAAGUUAUUUACAAUAAUUAACUUUAGAUGCAAAUUUAUUAAAUGUCAUUUAAUCCUGUGAUGGAUUAAUUAAAUCCCCAUUAAAUGUUAAUUUGUAUAUUAAAACACUUCUUUUAGAGCAAUAAAAUUAUUAACUUUUAAUUAAUUUUAUAGAUUUAAAAAGUUAAUUCUACAUAAUAUUGACAAAAGAAUAAUCUUUGGAUUAAUACCUUAUUACAUUUAGAAUAUAACUAGAUAAAAUCCUAAAUACACUUGAAAAAUACAAGAAUAUUUUUGAAAGACAAUAUGAUAUGUAAAAUGGAAGAUUGUUAGAAUUUAAGAACUCAGAUUAAAUUUCAAUUAAUAUUGUAUCUUCAUUUUUGUUUAUAUUUUAUAGUAAUUAUUUUAAAGUAAUCAUCAUAAUUUAAUAAUAGGUUAAAGAUCUUUGGAAGAAACAAAAUGAUUUACUUGCCUAUGAUAAGAUAAUGAAUACUAAAUUUCAGAAAAGUAAAUACAUAUAUAUAUUAUGAUAGAUGAAGCAUUUUUGUUGUCAUCAAGCUUUAUAUUGAAUUCAAAUAAUAUCAUAAAUAAUAAUAAUAAAAGACUACUCUAAAUUAUAGGAGACCAAAUAGAACCAAAACAAUUAGUUGAAUUGUUACCAUCAUUUUAAAAAACAAUUUAUAAUAGUUUUGUCAAUCAAUAUUUAUAUUAAGGUCUUGAUAUAAAUUAACCUUUGACUCUAUAUAUUUAUAAAAAUGAAUAUUUGGUAGAAUGUAAUUUGUAUGUGUAUGUCACAAUUAGUAAAGAUGAUAUUAUUUUGUAAAAUUUAAUAGUUCUUAAAAAUUAACCCAAUCAUUUUGCCAUAUUUGAUUCAGAAGGGAAAAUAUUAGGAAUAUCAUAAUAAAUAUAUGAAUUUUUAAUAUCAAAAUCGGAUAAUUCUUUUACUAAAAAGCUAACAAUUUCUGAAUUCAUCCAGUAAGGAAUGAUUUAAUAUUAUCUUCCAGAUAUAUAUUGUCAUAUCUAAGAAUUAAUAAAUUAAUAUUCUUUAGGAACAUAUCAAUAAAUAAUUAAUAUUACUUCGAGAUGGUAAUUUCCUGUAAAUCAUAAAAAAUGCCUAGAAUAAACUUAAACUUUAGGACUUGUUAAUGAUGAAGCUACUAUUUCUUCAUAAUUAAAAAAAAAAGUUUAUUCAUCUUCCACAACAAGAUAAACUAUUUCUAAAUAACAUAAAUUAACAGAUGAAAUGCCAAUCAUUAAAAAUGCUAAAAUAAAAAUUAUGUAAUAACAUAUGAUGAAUUAAAUACAAACUCUUGUAGUUCCCCCAUCAAGAAUCAAAAAUAUAGAUUUUGAAGGAUCUUUGGAAUUUGUAUAAUAAAAAUUUAUAGAUUCAGAAACUAAUUACUUUAUUUUAAAAUUUAAAUAAAUAGAAGAAUUUUAAUAAUAAAAAAUAGCUUAAAUUCCAUAAAUAGAAGAUAUUUAAAAUUCAUCAUUAAUAAUUGAUGAAUCAUAAUUUGAAGGAUUAUAAUAAGAUUAUGAAUUCAUUUCAAAUCUUAUAAAAAGUAAGAAAUUAUAUACUCCAUUAAAGUACAAUAUUUGGAUUCUCUUAUUAAUGAUUUCAGUUACCACUAUUUCUUUAGUUGUGAGUUAUCUAUUAAAUUAUGAUAAUAUGAUUAAUUAACAAUAUGAUGUCAAUUUUUUAAAUACUCCUUAAGCUAUGACAUUCAAUAUUGGAGCUUCAUUUAUAUUGAUGUGGAAUUAGUAUUGUAUUUAAAACAAACUCUAUGUAAUUAGUCCAUAUUUAGAAUUUAGAAGACAAAAUUAAUUAAUAUAUGUAUUUGAUUUCUGGGGUAGUGUUCAUGAAGAAUAUACAAUGAACUUAAGUAAGAAGAGUACUUAGUUAGGUUUUGAUACAAUUGAUUUAAUUAGUUAUUAGAAUGGUAAAAAGAUUUAAUCUUACUUGGAUUACUAUUAAUUUUAUGCUAUAAUGAGAGAAGCAUUAGUUAGGCAGUUUAAAAAAACAGACUUUAAGAAUAUCACUACUUUUGACCCUGAUAUACUCAAAACAAAUGGACUAAUUAGAUAGAAUAUGUUAAAAAUAUAUAAAUUUCACAAUUUUGUAUUAGAUGAAAUGAUUUAAUCAACUGAGCAAUCUUUUUCUUAAUUUGAGAGUAGGACAUUUAUAUUUUGUGUAUAUUCUUCAAUAGUAAUAGUAUUUCUGUUGAUUAUAUUCUUUAUUAUUAAUUGUAAAUUAUUAAGAACAGAAACAAAAUUAAUUAGACUAUUAUAAUACUUAAAUAUAAAAAUAAUUUAAGAGUAGAUAGUAAUUUUACAUUUUUAAAAAGAAUAAUUAUCAAAAUUAUUAUUGAAUUAAUUUUAAUAAAAAUAUGAACCUGUCAUUCAAAAAUAAAGUGAAAAAAUAAUGAUUAAUUAAUCAAAAUUUAAUCCAUUAAGCAAAUUAGAAAAUUACAAUGAGAAAUAUACUUUAUUAAUAAUUUUAUCUUUAAUAAUUGGUUUUGAACUUAUAUUAUUUAUAUUUGGAUCUUAAUUGAUUUCCAAAUUAUAUAAUAGCCAAUAUUAAAGUAGUCUAAUACUUACUAUGAAGUAUUUAAAAUUGAAAUCAAGACUUGAUUCUGCUGUAAUUGUAGGAGAAGUCAUAAAAACUGAACAUCUAAUAAAAAACAAUAGUGCAAUAGAUUACAUUAAUUAAACUGAUCAUAUUUAAUUCUUUUUCAAUAAUAUUGAUGUUUUACUUAAUCUUUCUAAUUAGAUUAAUAAUGAACUUGUUACUACAACUUCAUAUAAUUAAACAUUUCAAUAACAAUUAAUUGAUAUCUUUAAUGAUGAUCUCUGUACUUAUUACUCUAGUAUAUUGAGUUUUUGUAUAAAAGAUAACAUUAAAUAAGAAUAUUAUGAAAAUGAAAAUUAUCUCACUUUGAUUGAUAAGGGUAUUUAUGGGAUAAUUUAAGACUUAAAUAAAUUAUCUAAAUAGGAAUUCAAUUUUGAACAAGUAAAUUUACUUUAUGAAUAUGAUUAGAAUCAUUCAGAUUAAUAUCUAUAAUUAUCCCUUCAUGCUCAUUUAUUUUUACAAUACUUUAUUGAAUUACAAACAUGCAUCUAUUUUUGUUUUUUAGAUAUUUUUACUGAAACACAGAUAUUAAGUAAUAAAUUAUCAAAUUAAAUCUUAACUUAUCUAAUCACUUCAUCAAUAGCGUAAAAUAUAUAUAUAUAUAUUUAUUUUAGAUUUCUUAUCUUUACUUCUUUUGUAUCUGCUUUUUGGAUAACAAAAUAGUAUAAUAGAUUAAAUUAAUUGAAAUUGAUUGCUACUUUGUUUCCACCUGCUUUAAUACAUCAGAAAGGAUUUAAUAAAUUGUUGUACUCUUAAUUAAUCCAGAUUAAAUGA